AUGUCGCAGUACAAGGACUAUCUCCUCCACAAGCAAAAGCUCAAGUCUGUGUUUGGCGGGGACAGCAAUGCCGCCCAGCCCCUUGUUAUCAAGCCAACCUACGCAAAUUUUGAGAAUUGGGUGAAAAUGACUCAACAGAAUCCUUCUCUUCUGAGCUUCGUCAUGGAUGAGCUCUGGUCUCUGAUGAAAAAUUCAGCCAAGGAGGAAAUUGCUGAUUUUGCACCCACCAUUGAGAAGGUGUUUAACUGGAUCGUAGAUAACCCAAAGAUCUAUAAAACCAAGGUCAUGCUCUCCAUCAAGUCGGACUGGGCCGAGUUUGGUCUUUUGACACCGAGUGCUGCCAUCUGCUGGCCUGAUGGCGAACCUCUUCCCAAGUUGACACAAUUGGAUCAGAUGAAGUUGAUCUGGGGUAAGGAGCGAAGCCAUGACUACCAUAGGAUGACUGUUAAGUUCGAAGUUGUCAACGACGGCUAUCCCAUUGACUUUUACAUCUCUCACAGUUCGAAUGGCCCAGCACCUGGCGAGGGAAAAGCUUUCAUCAAUAUGGAACUAGAAAAAUACAAGAAUGAGGGGAUCACUGAUAAUGUUUACAACACAGAAUGGUUCUACUGCGCUCAUGUUACUGCUACUCCAGAAAAUUUCAAAGCCAAGCGUCGCCGCGCUAGUCUGAACAGUGGAAUAUGUGCUUGGGAUGAAAUUCUUGGGCAAUAUCUGCAUCAGGCAGCCGCUUAG